AUGGACGUCAUAUCAGACAUUAUUAAGGCGUUUAGAAGGCCUGCUGAUGUACCCGCCCAUAUUAGGAAACUGCAACAACUUCUGCCUCUUUUAGCAGUCCAAGACAGCAUGUUGAAACAGAGAAUAAAGAGUUAUACAUUGUCAUCAAUCUCCAGCCAAGGGGUUGUGGAAAUACGAAAACUCAAAAAAAUUCAGGGAAAGUAUGCGCGUUUGAAGCGUAAGCUCACAUUACUUCAACGACAAUACAAAGGUCACCCACUGAAGCAAGCAAAGCGUGUUCUUUAUUACAUCAAAAUAUUGGAAAAGGUGGUGCACGCAACAGAUAUCAGAAUGACAGAAAUGCAUCGACAAAUACAGGGCGGACACUAUAACCAAUCCAAUGACUCAGUUAUGGAGGAAUGUGCAGACGUCUCACAUGUAAUGCAUCUGCAGACAAGUAGUAGCAGACAAGCCAGUCAGAACAGUACAGCUGGAUACAAGACAAGAUUGAAUUUGGGCCCUCCAACCUACACCUGUCAAUAUUGUCAGGCAAUUCUGUGGUAUGAGGAACGGACAGACAAAAGUAAAAAUACACGACAACCUAAAUUUACACUUUGCUGUAUGGAAGGACGAAUCCGUGUACCAUUACUGACUCAAUCACCACCGUACCUCAAAUAUCUAUUGGGCAAUGAAUCCGGAAAAGUGGGGAUGAACUUUAGGAAAAAUAUCAGGGUAUAUAACUCCAUGUUUGCAUUUACAUCAAUGGGAGGUCGAGUUGACAGAUCAAUCAAUCGUUCUAAGGGUCCUUAUGUAUUCAGAAUAAGUGGGCAAAAUUAUCAUCACAUAGGCUCACUAUUACCAGAAAUUGGAAAAAGUCCACAAUUUGCACAACUCUAUAUAUAUGACACAGAUAAUGAGAUAGAGAAUAGAAUAAAAAGUUUGAUGCAUGAAGAAGUUGAAACAGAAAUCGUACAAGGAAUAUCUGAAAUGCUAGACGAGCAUAAUGUUUUGGUUAAAUCAUUUCGUAUGGCAAGGGAUAGAUACUUAGAACAACCACAAGCAGAGUUCCGUAUGCGCAUCCUAUCUGAAAGGACCCAAGAUGGCCGACAAUACAACAGACCAACGGCUUCUGAAGUUGCUGGAUUAAUCGUAGGAGACCUUACAGAUGCUAACUUUCAGCGAGAUGUCAUUGUGGAACACCGCAAGAACGGACUGCAAAGGAUCACAGAUUUACACCCAUGUUUCAUGUCGAUGAAUUACCCAUUAAUACAUCCAUAUGGGGAAGAUGGAUAUAGGCUUGGAAUACCUUUAGAUUCUGCAAGUCAAAAAACAUACACUCGGACAAAUUUGACAAUGAGACAAUUUUAUGGAUACCGCAUACAACAACGCCUCAAUGAGGGACACACUCUCCUCCAAGCUGGCAGGCUAUUUCAGCAGUACAUUGUGGAUGGUUACAUGGCAAUUGAAGAAGAAAGAUUUAGGUACAUCCGGAAAAAUCAACAGAAAUUAAGGUCUGAUCUUUAUGGUGGCUUAAUGGAUGCUAUUGUACGUGGAGAUUCAGAUUGCUCAAUGGUGGGAAAAACUAUUAUACUACCUUCCUCCCACACUGGGGGACCUCGCUACAGGGCACAAAAUUAUCAAGAUGCAAUGGCUAUAUGUCGAUGGGCUGGAUACCCAGAUUUGUUCCUGACUUUUACUUGCAACCCAAAGUGGCCGGAAAUAAAUGCAAUGACGAGACUAAUAAACCAAGAUCCUGAUGGUUGCCGGGUGGACAUUAUAUGCCGAGUCUUCCAGAUCAAGUUGUUGCAGCUAAUGCAGAUUCUUAAAAAGGAUAAGCCUUUCGGGACAAUAAUUGCGUGUAUAUAUACAAUUGAGUUCCAGAAACGAGGCUUGCCACAUGCUCAUAUACUGUUUUUCCUUCAUGAAACACAAAAAAACCCCACAACAGAUCAUAUCGACAAAGUAAUAUCCGCUGAAAUACCUGAUUACAGAGAAGAUCCAGAUGGGUAUAAUGCCGUGAAAAACUUCAUGAUGCACGGACCGUGCGGAGAACAAAAUCCCAGUUGCCCAUGUAUGAAACAAGGCAAGUGCACAAAACAUUUUCCAAAGAAAUACAAUGGCCGAACAAAUUUUGAUUCGGAUGGAUUCCCUAUUUAUAUGAGACGGGACACAAGUAUUGAAGUCAAGAAAAAUGGUGCCAGCUUAGACAACCGAUAUGUUGUCACAUAUAACAGGGACUUGCUUGUCCAGUUUGAUGCACAUAUAAAUGUUGAAGUAUGCAAUUAUGCGAGGUCGGUCAAGUACCUAUUCAAGUAUGUUCAUAAAGGGUCUGAUAGAGCCACAACAAUAAUAGAAUCAAUCGGUACACCAACAGAAAACGAUGAGAUAAAAAAAUACCUAGAUUGCAGAUACAUAUCGGCCACAGAAGCUUGUUGGAGGAUCUAUUCAUUUGAUAUACAUCACAGGCAACCGGCUGUUGAGCGCUUACCAUUUCAUUUACAGGGCCAAAACACAAUAAUAUUUGAAGAAUCAAGGACAGCUGAAAGCGUACUAAGCAGACACGAUUUAGAAAAAACAAAAUUUACAGAAUGGUUUGAGGCAAACAAAGAACACCCUGAUGCAAGAGAGCUGACAUAUUCCGAUUUUCCAACGCGUUGGGUUUGGAAUGGAAGAGACAAAAAGUGGACCAGGAGGAAGAAGGGGCACGCAGUUGGAAGAAUUUACUUUGCACAUCCAGGAAGUGGAGAACGUUUUUACAUGCGUAUGCUGCUAAAUUUUGUCAAAGGAUGUACUUCCUUCGAAGGCAUCAGAAGAAUCAAUGGAGUAGAUCAUAAAACAUAUAGAGAGGCCUGCUACGCUUUGGGGUUAUUAGAUGAUGACAAAGAGUGGAACGACUGCUUGUCUGAGGCGUCCCAGUGGGCUUCUGGAAACGAGUUGCGACAUCUCUUUGUUACUAUACUUAUGAACUGUCAGGUGUCAGAUACACGUAAGCUAUGGGAGAAUAACUACGGAAUAUUAUCUGAAGAUAUCAUGCAUAUCCAGCGAAAGAGAUUACAAUUCAAUGAUUUGCAGCUAAACACAAAGCAGAUUGAAGUGUACACACUAUUUGAGAUUGAAAGCAUCCUUCUAAAAAUUGGGAGAAGUUUGAAAGAUAUAGAAGGAAUGCCCCUUCCAGAUUCAGCAUUAAUGCGAAAUGUAGGGAAUCGCCUAAUCAAUGAAGAGCUAGACUACGACAAAGACAAGCUCCAAAUACUCCAUGAUCAAUCACUCGCUUUGUUAAAUGCAUGCCAACGCCCGGCAUAUGAGGCAAUAAUAACAUCAGUGGAUAACGAAGAAGGGAAAUUAUUUUUUAUACACGGCCAUGGUGGUACGGGUAAGACAUUUCUGUGGAAUACUAUUAUUUCAAAGAUCAGAUCACAAUCAAAAAUCGUUCUCCCCGUCGCUACUUCGGGUAUAACAGCUUUAUUAUUACCAAAUGGUAGGACUGCUCAUUCGCGAUUUCAUAUUCCUCUAGACAUCACGCCAGAGUCAACAUGUGAAAUCAAACAAGGCAGUCAAUUAGCGGAACUACUUAAAAAGACCGCUUUGAUAAUCUGGGAUGAGGCACCAAUGGCAAACAAAUUGUGCUUUGAGGCAUUGGACAGAACCUUGAGGGAUAUUCUCCGAGAUAGAUAUGAAAAUAGUGCCAUGAAACCUUUUGGGGGCAUAACUUUCGUAUGUGGUGGUGAUUUCCGCCAAAUACUCCCGGUUAUUCCAAAGGGAACAAGAGGUGAUAUUGUGGAUGCAGCGCUGAACUGCUCACAGUUGUGGCCCUACUUCUCAAUUUAUGAAUUGACGGAAAACAUGAGACUUAGCUGUGGAAAAGUCAGGGGUUCUGAAGCACGGAAAAUAGCAAGUUUUGAUAAAUGGCUUUUGCAGAUUGGAGAUGGAUCCGUUUAUGCAGAUAAUAAGAAGGACCUCAUUCAUGUGCCCGCUGAUGUAUACAUUCCAACAUCGCACAAUCAGAUAGAAUCUAUUGUAGAGGCAGUAUAUCCAUCCCUGCUACAGAACUAUAACGACCCAUCCUACUUGAAAGAAAGAGCCAUACUCACACCAAAAAAUGAAAUGGUCCAUGAACUGAAUGAGAAAAUUCUGAAGCUGAUACCUGGGGAAGGAAGAACUUACUAUAGCUCGGACAAUGUGUGCAAAACAAGCGUGAAUACUAAUGAGGAGGAUAUAUUGUACCCAACAGAAUUCCUAAACAACUUGCGAUUCCCAGGUAUCCCAAACCAUGACAUUCACUUGAAAGUAGGAAGUCCGGUUAUGCUGCUUAGAAAUCUAAAUCAAACUGAAGGCCUAUGCAAUGGUACAAGAUUAAUAAUAACGCAUCUGGGUAUUUGGUCUGUUACUGCAAACAUAAUCUCUGGAAAGAACAUCGGUUCAAGAGUCACAAUACCAAGAAUUAUCAUGUCACCAAACGAUUCAAAGUGGCCUUUCAAACUCAACAGGCGCCAACUUCCUUUAGCACCCUGUUAUGCUAUGACCAUCAACAAGAGCCAGGGGCAAACUCUUCAAAGAGUUGGGUUGUAUCUGGCAAAACAAGUAUUCACACAUGGCCAAUUGUAUGUCGCAGUAUCACGUGUAACAAAAAGAGAAGGAUUGACAAUUGUCAAUGCGGACGAGGACACAAAUGACCCUACAUACAUAAAAAAUAUUGUUUACAGGGAAAUCUUCCAAAACGUUGGCCCAAGAAUAGUGCAAACUGAGGAGGUAUUUCUUAGCAAUUAA